AUGAGCCACCAGGAACGUCAGAAGAAGGGCCCAGAUCGAAGGGAACCACCCCGAAACGACGCGGGGACACAGUUCGAAUUUGUAUUGGAGAAGGAUCAGCCUGGCAUUCGCAGUCAUGCCAUGCGACAAUUUUGGAGACAGAAACAAGCCAUCGCAAAGGACGACCCAAGCGACGUCUCUUCCACCGGCCGCCGUUUGUAUCCCCGCACGCUAAUGCCAAAUGAUGGCAUCCAACCCUACCAGUUCGAGGGGCUGAAGGAAUUCCGACAACAGAUGUCAGCGCUCCAGCAAAAGGACGAUGGAGCAGGAUCAGCGAAUUCAGGCAAAGACAAUGCGGAGACUUCAGGUAUCCCAACCCAAAUCUUGUCUGGAAUCCGUCAUGCCCUGGAAUUUGUGAACCACGACCCGUUCCAUACAUUUCCGGUGACAUUGACGGCGCAACACCGCAAGCUAUUGUACCACUGGUUGAGCACGCACACCAGUGGGAUGUCAGCCGCCCUCCCCCACGCGGCCUUCGAUCCCAUCCGGGAGGUUUGGCUGCCAUUGGACUUGUCAAAUAGCGCCUCAUUCAACGCGACUAUGGCGCACGCAGCAGCCCAUCUGGCUUACCUUCACGGCGAGCUCGCCUCGCCCGAAGCUCUCCGAUACAAAACUGAGGCCAUCAGUGUCAUCACAAAAUGGCUGGAUGACCCUGAGCAAGCGCUUCGAAACGAAACCCUUGUUUCCGUAGUCCGGCUUUUGAUGUUCGAGAAAUACUGGGGAAUAGAUGGCCAGUGGGAAGUCCAUCGAGAUGGGCUACAACGGCUGAUCAACGCAAAAGGUGGUCUUUCUGCAUUGCGAGGGGACUGGCGUGUGGAACUCGUCGUGUUUUUUGCCUCCUUCAUUGCAGGAUCACCACAAUGUGAACCAUCCACGCAUAUAUGGGAGCUGUCAGAGCAUUUCACACCGACUGCCCUUCACCCAACAGUACAAUUAACAGCGGACCGGCAUCGAUCCAAGGUGAUAGAAAGUCUUCAGAUAUACCCAGCCGUAUAUGACGCGACCGUCUUGUUAUACAACUCAUUCCACCAGGCUCCCGACCCUGAGUUACUGGCGAAACCCUCAGAAAUGUCCACCCGACGGCUGAAGUGCUUGGUGUUCCUCAGUGUCAUUUUCCAGGAAUCAAUUUACGCCUCGAUAUCAGCACUCGGCGGAGGUAUCAGUAUAGACCAUUCGUUCACCAACCAGUUAGCGGCGUUGGAUGAGUUGUUGACAACGUAUCACCACCGGUGGGGAGGCGAGGUUGAGGUACUGUAUACAAUUCUCUUCGGUAACUUUUGCGAUCUGAAUCACCGGCACGAAACCCCGGAGAUGGGGUUUGUUAUACGGCUCUCAGACAGCCUGGGCCAGCUCAGUCAGCGCGCCCGCAAAGUUAUUGGGCAGUGUCUCUUGAACAUGCUCUUGGAAGAGAAAUGA